ACCUCUUAGAGGAUCAACACAAUCAGUGCAGUGAAGUGUAGUGUGUGAUUUUGGGUGAAAAUCAAAAAAUAUCAAACGCAAUCAAUUUGCAAAUACUUUCGAGAAGGGACUUAUUCUAAACAAACCAAUUCGCGAUGCGUUCUUUUGUAUUAGUCGCUUUUUUGGCGACAAUUGCUGCCGUCAGUGCUGCGCCACAAUUCGGUUAUGGUUAUGGCGCCCAGCCAGCCGCCAGCAGUUUCGUGCCUUCAGCACAUGGUGGUGAGAAGUAUUUGCCACCUGCCACAACAACACAACCACCCAGCGUACACAAGCAAUUCUACUUGAUCUCGGCGCCGGAAGACACUGAAGGUGCUGGCAAACCAAAACAUCUGGUCAUCGGACGUCCACAGAAGAACUAUCGUGUCGUCUUCAUUAAGGCACCAAACUCUGAUAACGACAACCUGAAAUUGUCAGCUGAAUUUGCACCACAAGAGGAGAAGACUGUCAUUUAUGUGCUCAGCAAGAAGGGUAACGAACUCACAGCCAAUGACUUUGCCACACCAGCGCCAACAGUGCCCAGCAAACCGGAAGUAUUCUUCAUCAAAUACAAGACUCCUGAGGAAGCUCAGGCGGCACAAAAAGAAAUCCAAGACCAAUACGACCAAUUGGGUGGCACUAAGGAAUUCUCUGAUGAAGGUACCGCUCCGGUCGCUUCCGUUAUCGGCUCUUUGGACGGUAUUGCUCCUGACGGCAGCUAUAACUACAGAGCCAUUGCUCCCCCUCCAGAGGAGCUCGGUAGCGCAUCCUCACCACUUAGCCAGUACCUGCCCGCUGCUUUGCGUCUGUAAGACAACGCUUCAAAUGCAGCUUGAAUUGUUAGAAAUGUUUUGUUGUUAUUUGUUAACGUUGCAUUGCGUAACACAUGGCAUCAAGCCGAA